GCCACCGUGACCCCGCCGCCGAUCACUUCCAGGGCGGCCCCGGCUCCCGAUUUGAAAAUGCGGGAGCGGCUACUGGUGCUCUUGUGCGCACUGGCGAGGCGGCGGCGGCGACGCGCCGGGGCCAUGGCCGGGAACGGCACCGGGAACGGGAGCGGCGCCGGGAACGGGAGCGGGGCGGGCGCCGGGGGCUGGGAYGGGCCGCAGCGGCGCGCCUGGCUCCGGCACUACUACAGCCAGCGGCAGAAGCGGCUCAUGACGCUCCUCAUUGCUCACCGGAGGAGAACCAGCUGCUCCUUCUACCCUCGUGCCUGGCCCAGCCUCAGGAGCACUGACUGGUGGGAGCGGGUGGUCCUGAAGGAGUUUGGGCCCCAGGACUGGCUGGAGAAGUUUCGAAUGUCCAAGGAGACAUUCUUCUACGUUUGCAACCAGCUGCGGCCUGGGCUGGCUCCGCACAGCGCGCACUUCCACCCCACSCUGCCCCUGGAGAAGAGGGUGGCCGUGGCCCUGUGGCACUUGGCCACCAACGUGGAGUACCAGACUCUGAGCCCGCUCUUUGGCGUGGGGCCCUCCACGGUGCAGAGCUGUGUCCGGGAGGUGAGCUAUGCUGUYGUCUUACUGCUGAAGCCGCUCUACCUCCGUCUGCCCGACGAGAAGGAGCUGGAGAACAUGGUGCGCAUCUUCUGUACGCGCUGGGGCUUCCCGCACUGCAUCGGGGCACUGGACAGCCUGCACAUCCCCAUCCACCCACCCCUGCGCCUCACCGCCGACUACUGCAACGGCCAGGGCUGGCACUCCAUCCUCACGCAGGCCACCGUGGACGGGCUGGGACAGUUCUGGGACGUCUCCACCGCCUUCCCGGGCAGCAUGGAGAACAGCGCGGUGCUGGAGAGCUCGAGCUUGUGGGUGCUGGCCAAGGAGGGCCGGCUGUGCCCCAACCCUCCCAARCACUUCAUGGGGAAGGCACAGAAGUACGUGCUGCUGGGCGAYGCCACAUACCCACUGCAAGACUGGAUUCUCAAGCCCUACCAGGAGGAAGAGAACCUCACCCAGCGCCARCUGCAGUUCAACUACCGGCUGAAGCGGGCGCACAGCGUGAUCGAGAACGCCUUCCUGCGCCUCAAGGCGCGCUGGCAGAUCCUCCUCAAGUGCGACGACUGCAGCCUGGAGCUGCUGCCCACCCUUGUCCUCGCCUGCUGCAUCCUGCACAACAUCUGCGAGGCCCACGACAAUCCCUUCAAUGAGGAGUGGUUAGAGGGCACCGAGCCCACCGAGCUGCCCAAGCCCUGCCAGCCUGCACCGGCUGCCAUGGAGGACAACCAGGCCGAGCAAGUGCGCGAGCUGAUGUGCCAGUACUUUGAGAGCUGCGGGGAGGGCUGAUGGGCCUGGGGAGCAGCUGCCCUGUGCAUUCCUGGGCAUCUGUGCUCCCGGACCUGCCGUGAACUCGGGCAACUGGCUGUACCAGGCGGGCCCGGGGCGGGGAGGGGCGGCUGGGUUGCGCUYGUGAUGUUUACUGUGGAGGUUUCAGGAAGUGGAAUGUAUUUUGUGCCCAUUCUCUCUCCCAGGAUCUAAACGGUCUGGUGGUGUGYUGUGUGCUGUGGGAGUACAGUGAGGAUCAGGGCUGGGAGGGGGAGGCUGCAGGGAUCGCCCUUUCCUCUGUUCUGAAGCCUCUCCAUUAAGCUGAAAACAGCAGGAGCCUUGAAAUAAGGCAAAACUSCCUUUGAAGGUUUGAAACUUGCUGUGUAAACACCUGGAAAGGAAAGGGAAGGAAGAGACGGAGCAGUGACUUACAAGGGCUGACACCAGCCUGGAAUUACACAGCACCCACAAACUCAGGGGUGUGCUGCCCCCGGGGGAUGCCCAGCCUCGCACUCCAGGCCCCUCGCUAGAGGGGUUUACCUAGCCUGGCACUGCCUGGCCGCUCUCCAGUGGGAUUUCACCCAGCUURGAACACCCCCGGUCCCCUCUCAGGGUGGGCUUUGCCCAGCCUGGCAUCCCCAGCCUCUCUCCAGAGGGAUUUGCCCUGUCUUGCACCCCCGGCCACUCUCUGGAGGAAUUGGAACACCCAGACCCAUCUCCAGAGAGGUUUGCCCUGCCUCGCACUCCCGGCCACUCUCUGGAGGAAUUGGAACACUCAGGCCCAUCUCCAGAGGGGUUUGCCCUGCCUCGCACUCCCGGCCACUCUCUGGAGGAAUUGUAACACCCAGGCCCAUCUCCAGAGGGGUUUGCCCAGCCUGGCACCCUCUCCGUUGUGUCUGUGUCUCAUCCCCGGGUCCCUCUGCCCGGCUCUUCCCGCCGGUCCCUCCGUCCCCUCACGGCCCCGGGCUGUAGCGCCCCCUGGCGGGCGGGAGCGGCAGCGCCCUGAGGGGGGAGGGGAGGCCGCGCUCCCUCAUGGGCGGC